CAGUCGUGCAUCACUGUCUACACCGGACUGACUCUGUGGAUCACGCAAUGGCGAGUGAGGCUGCGGCGACAGAUGAACAACGCAGAUAACGCAGGAGGCACACUUGCAGUAGACUCACUGCUCAACUACGAAACAGUCAAGUACUUCAACAUGGAGACACACGAGGCACAUAGGUACGACAAGUGCCUGGCUAGCUACGAGUCAGCCGCCAACAAAGUGUUCACGAGUCUGGCGCUGCUGAACUGGUCACAGAAUGCCGUGUUCAGUGUGUCACUGUCAAUUAUGAUGUUACUCGCAGGACACGGGGUACAGCAGGGCACACUGACUGUGGGAGAUGUGGUGUUUGUUAACGGUUUGUUAUUCCAGCUGUCCUUGCCCUUGAAUUUCUUGGGCACCGUCUAUCGCGAGAUCCGUCAAAGUCUCAUUGACAUGAACACGCUCUUCACUCUCCUCGAGCUGCACCCGGGAAUCCAGAGCACCCCCGGAGCACCUCAGCUGAAGCAGCCAAUCAAAGGACAAGUCACUUUCGAUGACGUCAUGUUUGGCUACACCAAGGACAAGAACAUACUCAACGGUUUAUCGUACACCAUCCCCGCGGGUCACAAAGUGGCGUUUGUGGGCGCCAGUGGCUGUGGCAAGUCAACGAUCCUUCGGCUCAUCUUCCGAUUCUUCGACCCGUCCACUGGUCAGAUCAAAAUAGACGGACAGAACAUCAAGGACAUUGAUGUGGACUCUCUCAGGCGCUGUAUAGGUGUAGUGCCGCAGGACACAGUGUUAUUCAAUGAAACACUGUACUACAACAUAGCGUACGGCAACAUGAAUGCGUCCCAUGAGGAGGUUAUCGAAGCCGCAAAGAUGGCUGAUCUCCACAAAACAGUCAUGACCUUCCCCGAUAAAUACGAUACACAUGUGGGUGAGCGAGGACUGAUGCUGUCAGGUGGAGAGAAGCAGCGAGUGGCGAUUGCACGAGCCAUUUUAAAGCGCCCGAGUAUCCUGCUGUGUGAUGAGGCGACCUCGGCCCUGGACUCAGAGACGGAGAGUCAUAUAUUGGCUUCGUUAAAAGAGAUAUCCAAGGACCGAACAUCCAUAUUCAUCGCUCAUCGGCUGUCGACCGUCACGCACUGCGACAUCAUAUUCGUGCUGCAAGAAGGGAAGGUGGUUGAACAAGGCACCCAUAUGAAGCUGCUGUCCAAGAAGGGAGUCUAUGAGAGCCUGUGGCAAAGGCAACACGCACCCGAAGUAGAGAUGUCUGAGGCCGACAAGGCUUGGGCAGCCGCCAACAAGCCUACCACACAAUUAGAAAACCCCAUAAUACAAUAAACCUCUCAAUGUCAC